UUUUUGCAGCAGGACUGAGUGCUUUUGUCCUGCAGUGCAUGUUGGGGAAGAAAGGGUUGGCCAUUGUUGUACAGUGUUUUAAUUUCUACUACUUCUUCUACUGCUGCUCCUACUUUUUUUCUUGUUCAUCAAUUCUGCUGUACUGUUCAACUAGCUCCCUUCUUUUUGACCCAUAAUGGUGCUUUUUCCCAAAAGCAUAUCAGGGUUCUGCAAAAGGGUCUACUGUUAGAUACUCUCAAGCCUCAGCCAUGGAUCUUCAAGCUUUUUCAUCUCAAAUGGAGACCCAUGGGAACCCAUUCUUGGACUCAUUUCCUGACCCCAUUUGCAAGAUUAAUCUGAAGGAGACUUCUGAGUUUGUGAAGUCACUCCCUUCAGCAGCAGCCAUUAAUGGUGGUCCAGAGAUCAGGAGGGUUCUCCAGAGGAAGAAGGGAGGGGGGGAGAGUUCUGUGACCAAGAGGGGGGUGGUGGAGGCCCCAUCUACCCCUGGCAGGCCAAUUUUCAGCUUCAGUGUUGGCAGUUUUUCAAGAAAAUCUUUCCCUUCCAAAUGGGAUGAUGCUGAGAAAUGGGUUGUGAAUGGCAGCAAUUCUUGCCAUGAAUCCCCUGCCCAUAUAAAGCUCUCAUCAAAGCACUGUAAUGGGGUCACCCCAAAAGAAGAAGCUGCAGAGUUUUGUAGGGUAAAUGAUGAAAAGUCUUCAAGCUUUCUUCAAGGGUCUUCCAAUGGUGUCCCUGCCACAUCAGAUGUGCUUCUAAAAGAUAAGUUCACAAGUGAGGUAGAAACUAUUACAUGUCCCAAUUUUAGGCAUUCUGAGUCAAUGAAAGAGGGAUUUUUGUUUGGAAAAUGUAUGAACAAUGCAGCAUCAGAGGUGGUUCCUGAGGUUAAACAUAGAGAUAUCGGGACAGAAAUGACGCCAAUUGGGAGCUCGACGACUUCAAGAUGCCACACGCCAUUCAAGAGCUCCUCGCCCGCCAGGCACAACACUCCCGCCAGCAGGUCUGGCCCGUUGGCUGUGUCGAACGAGUCCAGUUCCUCUAGCACGAUCGACAUUGUGCAGCUGCAGGAGUGCCAUUUAGCAAAGCUGCACGUUGGGACGGGGCAGUAUGAUUCUGUAACGACUAAUUGGAGCUCGAGGGAGGAGGAAGAAGAGGACAUAUCGAAGAGCCUGAGGCACUUUGAGAUGAGUAACGAGUGCAGGAGAAGCGUGUCUGAGUCCCGAGCCUGCCCGUGGGAGGAAGAGGAGAAGACUAAACACUGCCUAAGGUACCAGAGAGAACUAGCCAAGAUUCAAGCUUGGGUUAACCUCCAGAAUGCAAAAUCAGAAGCUCAAUCUAAAAAGCUCGAGGUGAAAAUUCAAAAGAUGAGAUCGAAUCUGGAGGAGAAGUUGAUGAAGAGAAUGUCCACAGUUCACAGAAAAGCUGAAGAAUGGAGAGCUGUGGCACAGCUGCAACAUUCAGAACAGAUACAGAAAGUGACUGAACAAACACAGAAGAUGAUGAACAGGAAAAACAUUAAUGUUUCUCGAGCCAAUUCUUGUGGUUGCUUCCCUUGUAAUAACCAUCACAUGUAGUGUUAUUAUUGUGUACACAAACAUAAAUAUCAUGUUUCUUGACAAGCAUUAUAUGAGAGAGUAAGUAAACUUGUGUUUCAUUCUUCCAAA